AUGGCAGGUAACGAGGCUUACGCAAGCGCCAUCGAACGGGCGAAGCAGAUUGUUUCAAAAUUUUCUAUGUCCGAUGACGGUUCAACAACCAAUGGUGGCAUAGCUGGCAUGAAAAGGCCGGCCCAGGACGACAACAAUAAUUUUGCUACAACUGAAAAACGCCCUUUAGUCAUGGAUAAAGUUGCUGCUGCUGCCGAAGCUGCCGCUCGUAUCAAUCAGAAACUAGGCAGUGCACAGUCAACCACAAAUACUACGUCAGCAUCAAAUAACAACACGAAUUCUUCAAGCGCAAGAGUUGUCACAACUGAAACUGCUAUACCAGACCGUUUUGUUGGGUUAGUUAUAGGAAAAGGUGGAGAGCAAAUAACACAGCUGCAAAAUGACACUCAAUGCAAGGUGCAAAUAUCUCAGGCCGGCACUCCUGAGCGUACGGUAACACUUACAGGAACUCCACAACAAAUCGAUCACGCGAAACAAAUGAUUAGUGAUAUAAUUGAGCGUGCUGGCAAAAACGGCACUCCAACUACUCCUGCUUUCAAUGCAACUGGAAGCAUCACAACCAUAGAAAUGAUGGUGCCGGGGUUGAAGGCCGGACUGGUGAUUGGAAAAAACGGUGAGACCAUUAAGAAUUUGCAGGAAGAAAAUGGAGUGAAAAUGGUUCUGAUCCAACAGUCGAACAACCCCACGCCCGAAGACAAACCGUUGCGAAUAUCUGGCGAACCGUCACGAGUCGAAAAAGCUCGACAAGCUGUGUUAGUGCUUAUAAAUUCUCGUGAUCGUCCUGGAGGACCUAUGCACUAUGGUUACGACGGUCAAGAAACGUCACAGUAUGCCGUACCGGCGGAGAAAGCUGGGCUUGUGAUCGGCAAAGGCGGAGAGUCAAUCAAGGAGAUUUGUCGUGUUAGUGGGGCUCAUGUUGAAAUCUCGAAGGAACCUCCACCAGAUCCUUCUAUCAAGAUAUUUAACGUGCGUGGUAACAGACAAGAGAUAGAACAAGCUAUAAGAAUGAUCUCUGAGCGUGCUGGUAUUCCUAUGACUCGACCAGCUACGACCACUGGUGCAGUUCCUGGGCCUUGGGGUCAAUAUGGCUACCCACAGACAGACCCUUGGGCUAUGGCUAAUUGCGCACAGGGUGCCGUCGCAGCUGCGGCUAUGCCGGCUCCGACUUAUAAUCCAUACACAGGACAACCGGACUAUAGCGCGGCUUGGGCCGAGUAUUACCGUCGACAGGGAAUGCAUGAAUGCGCCGACGCCAUCCUACGACAAGCUCAACAGCCACAAGUCGCCGCAGUACAGCCAACUGCUCCAGUACCUUCCGCUCACGUCCCAACAGCCCAAUCAGGUGCACCUGCAGCAGCACCCAACUCGGUUCCGGUCCAAACACAGCAAGCUACUGGACAGGCUAAUUGGAACUCUUAUUACAUGCAGCCAUGCAAUUCCGGUUAUCCAUGGCAAACAUGA